GGUCUUGAGAGUUCAAGACUUUCUGUUGGCGAGAUAUUCACGAGAAGGAUCUUCCUUCAGCCUCAGGUACAAACCCUGGUACUAAUAUGAACAAUUUGUCUUAAAGAGUUUGUUUCCAUAAUAUCUCGAUCAUUAUAUUAUUAUUAGUAUAUCCUUGAAGACUAUGCAGCUUAAGUCCUAUGAUUUAUAAUUUUAGGUGAGAGCUUAUGAAUUUUUAAAGAACAACGUGAAGAUUACGGUGUUUGACAUUCCAGGACUGGCAGAUACGAAAGGCAGUGACGAAGAAUGUAUAAGAAAGAUCACAGAGAAAAAAUUUUGUUCUGUACUGAGAUGA